ACAGAAACUUACCAGUUUAUGGUAGGGAGAUUCUUGGAGGAUUUCUUACUUACAUAAUGAAUUACCUAUCACUGGGCUAAGGGUUUUAUUUAAAGAAAAGAAUGUACGUAAGCAACACUUACUCUGUUAUUCUCUCAUGGGUUGGACAAAUAUAGUACACUGGCAUUGCCUAGUCAUGGCCUCUGCUAGGGUUUCCAAUAGCCUGAGCCUUGUAUCUUGAUCUGAUUUUUCUCGCUUGCCUGUCAAUGAUGUCCACAUCUGGUUUUAGUUGUCCGUGGUCUUUCUUGGAUGGAAGUGCAGUUGUGCCGCCAAAGUCUUAUGCGGCUGUGACGGCGACGCCAGCGAUUCCAAUCGCUAACCUUCCCUUGCCUGUAAUCCACGAAGGGAGAACGACGAUUACUAUCUCAGAGGAGGGGUAUCAAUCUAGGUUGGAGAAGUGCAAACAUAUGCUGCUAGGGCGUCUCCAUUCGUCUGCCAAUGUUAAACCCUACUCUCCUUCUGAAUUGCACCGUAAGCUAGGAUUGGUUUGGGGAGAGAUCGGUCACUGGAGACUUAUACCUAUGGGGAAGGGCUACUACUCAUUCAGCUUUUCCUCAGAUGCAGCACGCUUUCUUGUUUUGGAGAAGGGUGCGAUCGCGCUUAAGCCUAGAAUAUUUAGGUUUAUGCGUUGGACCCCUAAUUUCUCCCCUGCGCAUCAGAAGAACACGAAUGCUCAAGUUUGGGUGAAUUUUUGGGACCUUGGUCUUGAAUUUUGGGAGCCAAUCACUUUGUUUGAAAUAGCAAAUGGAAUUGGAGUUCCAGUGAAGGUUGAUUAGAAUACCUUAGAUCGAAACUUUGGACUUUUUGCCAGGGUUUUGAUUGACAUUGAUUUAUCUGCAGAAUUACCUAGUGAAUUGGCUGUACGUCAUAAAAAUGGGGAGAUGAUGGUCAUUGA